AUGGAGGCUCAGGAACCUCCUCCUUCAGACAUUGUUUGUCCUCUGGAUGAGGUCUUUCAAUCUGUCCUGGAAAUACCUCCACCUCCAUACACCACUCCUCCUCUGGAUGAAGGAGUCUUUCAAACUGUCCCGGAAAGACCUCCACUACCUCAGGUUGUCAUACAACAACAACAACCUCCAGCUGUAGUCCCACAGGCUUUCCAGUACACAGUCCAAACUCAGGCCACACAACCUGGUGUGAACCAGAUGGUGGUGAUUCCGCAGAGCUUACCAAGAGACUGCCCUGGACAGAUGCAGUGUCCUUGCUGCCACAACACUGUAACGACGCAAAUCUCAUACAAGAAUGGUUGGGUGACCUGGUUGAUUGUUGCGACGCUGUUUUUGUUUUUGUGCUGGCCUUGUUUCAUAAUCCCCUUCUUUGUGGAUUCUUGCAAAGACGUGGUGCAUUCCUGUCCCAUCUGUAACAAUGUCAUCCACAUUCAUAAGUUAGGAGGCUAG